AUGACCGUCAGCCAUCCUCCCGCCCUGUCCGCGUCCUCGUCCGACGACAGCUCCUUCCACCCCACCCGCCCACCACCGCUCAACUACACCAUCAAGUCUCAUCGCCGAGAGGCUGCGAUCAUCCUCUUCUUUUCCCUCAUCUUCGUCGAGGCCGGCAUCCUUCCUCUCAUCCUCUUCUACUCCAUCCGCUGGGGCGCCCAUGUGAGCACCACCACUAAUCUGGCCAUCAUCACCUCUCUCGUCGGCACCUACUCCGGCUACAAACUAGCACGACGCUCCUGGUUCCUCUUCAUCAGGGAUGGCCAUCACCAGCGGAGACCGCUGGGGGCCAGCAGGUUCGGUCCUGACGCCUUCACGAUCCAAAUUGGCUUUGCCAUGACCGGCUUCUUCACGCCUCUCGUCAUUGGCUCCUCACUAAACCCCGGCUCGGUGCACACGGUCGCCAUGUCCCUCUCCUGCUUCAUGAUCGCUUUCUGCUUCCCCCUCUUCCUCACUGGCGCCUUCCCCCACCGCCUCAAAAUGCCCUUCCGCGUCUCCUCCAUGCCGCCCUGGACCGGCCUGCCCCCCGCCGUCUACACGCUCGUCGAGGACGUCGUCGCGGUCGACGGCGGUGGCUGCGUCGAGUUCCGCCAGGCCUGGCGCAUCCGCUACGAGCACUCCGCCGUCAUGCGCCACAUCGUCCGCCAGACCUCGCUCUGGUGGGGCGCUUCAGGCAUGCUCUUCGCGGCCGCGUUCAUCGCGAUCGCCUGGACCACCGCGGACGACGUCGGCUACGGCAUCGGCUGGGGCCUCUCGUGGCUCUGGGCAAUGGUCUCGGCCGCGAUCACCAUCCACUGGGUGCGCAACCAGCUGCGUCGCGAGGCAGACGAGUGGGAAAGGCCAGGCGUUCACGAGGAGUUCAGCUUGCACAUUGCGCAGACUCAGGACGAGGAGAAGAUUGCACGUCAGGUGACGCACGAGGGCAAUGUUUGA